AUGGAUAUUGAAAGCUGGAGCCCUGAAAAUCGUGUAAAGAAGGAAUCAUGGAAGACAGUAUUAACAUUGGCUUACCAGAGCUUAGGGGUUGUGUAUGGGGAUUUAAGCACUUCACCUUUAUAUGUCUACAAGAGCACUUUUGCAGAGGACAUUCAACAUUCAGAGACCAAUGAGGAAAUAUUCGGAGUUUUAUCUUUUAUUUUCUGGACCUUAACUCUGAUUCCUCUGCUUAAAUAUGUCUUCAUUGUGCUUAGAGCUGAUGAUAACGGUGAAGGGGGCACUUUUGCUUUGUACUCCCUUUUAUGCCGACAUGCCCAGGUCAGCGUUUUACCGAACGGCCAACUUGCCGAUGAGGAUAUAUAUGAGUACAACAAAAAUGAUAUCGCAUCUGGUAAUAAUAAUAAUAAAGGUUUUGGUAAGAAACUGAGGUUAACUCUUGAAAAGCAUAAGUUGCUCCAGAGGAUGUUGCUCACUUUGGCUUUGAUUGGGACUUGUAUGGUUAUUGGUGAUGGAGUUCUUACGCCUGCAAUUUCUGUUUUUUCUGCAGUAUCUGGGCUGGAGCUUGUUGUUUCAAAGCAUCAUCACCAUUAUAUAGAAGUUCCAGUGGCUUGUGUAAUCCUGCUGUUCUUGUUCUAUCUUCAACAUUACGGGACCCACAGGCUCGGAGUUAUUUUCGCUCCGAUUGUGAUAACCUGGCUUUUCUGCAUAAGUGCUAUUGGCAUAUACAACAUUUUCCACUGGAAUCCACUCGUUUAUAAGGCACUUUCUCCUUAUUACAUGUACAAGUUCUUGAAAAAGACUCAAAAACGAGGCUGGAUGUCACUCGGAGGUAUUUUAUUGUGCAUAACCGGCUCGGAGGCCAUGUUUGCCGAUCUCGGGCACUUCUCUCAGUUAUCAAUCCAGAUAGCCUUUAGCUUCGUAGUCUAUCCAUCCUUAAUCCUUGCUUACAUGGGACAAGCUGCUUAUCUAUCCAAACACCACGCAAUGGAGAGUGAUUAUCAUAUUGGAUUCUAUGUAUCAGUACCAGAAAUGCUAAGAUGGCCAGUUCUUGCAAUUGCUAUACUCGCCGCUGUUGUGGGAAGCCAAGCGGUUAUAACCGGGACUUUUUCCAUAAUUAAGCAAUGUUGUGCACUGGGCUGCUUCCCUCGGGUCAAGAUAAUACACACUUCGUCUAAAAUGUGCGGGCAAAUUUACAUUCCUGAAAUCAACUGGACUUUGAUGAUCCUCUGUUUGGCUGUCACUGUUGGAUUUAGGGACACGAAGCACAUUAGCAAUGCAUCAGGUCUUGCCGUUAUAACCGUCAUGCUCGUCACGACUUGCCUCAUGUCCCUCGUCAUCGUCUUGUGCUGGAACCGAAAUGUCCUUUUCGCCCUCGCCUUCAUAUUCUUCUUCGGCUCUGUCGAGGCCCUCUACUUCUCGGCCUCCCUCAUCAAGUUCCUCGAGGGCGCGUGGGUCCCGGUGGCCCUCUCCCUCGUCUUCCUCGCUGUCAUGCAUGCGUGGCACUACGGCACCCUCAAGAAAUACGAGUUCGACGUGCAGAACAAGGUCUCCAUCAACUGGCUAUUGGGCCUGGGCCCGAACCUCGGCAUCGUCCGGGUCCACGGAAUCGGGCUCAUCCACACCGAGCUCGUCUCGGGUAUUCCUGCCAUUUUCUCCCACUUCGUGACGAAUCUUCCCGCCUUCCAUCAGGUUCUUGUUCUGUUCUGCAUCAAGUAUGUACCUGUGCCACAUGUCAGGCCCGAAGAGAGGUUCUUAGUGGGCCGGGUCGGGCCCAGCGAGUAUCGGGUGUACCGCUGCAUAGCCCGAUACGGGAUCCGGGACACGCUCGUGGACGAUGUCGAGUUCGAGAAGGACCUCGUGUGUAGCAUAGCCGAGUUCAUCAAGUCAGAGGGCGGGCGCGGCGGGCCAGGGUCGGAGGCCUCGUCUACCGAUGGAGAAAACGAGCGCAAGAUGGCUGUGAUUGGGGCACAUUUGGGCCAUGACAAUGAUGAUGAAUUGGGCCCAAACCCGGGCCUAAGGAAAAGGGUGAGGUUUGUUGUACCGGAUAGCCCGAGGAUUGAUCGGGAGGCUCGAGUGGAGCUGCAGGAGCUUAUGGAGUCACGGGAGGCUGGGAUGGCGUUUAUACUAGGGCAUUGUCAUGUGAAGGCGAAAACGGGCUCGGGAUUGAUAAAGAGGCUCGUGAUUAAUGUCGGGUACGAUUUUUUGAGGAGGAACUCGAGGGAGCCGACGUACGUGUCGAGUUUUCCACGAGCGUCAACUUUGGAGGUGAAUUUUGAGUUCUGCAAAUUCUGGGUUUGGUCUCAAGAAUUGUUGAAAUAUGCAGAGUUUGCGGCGGAGGCACCUUGUUUGCGACAGCUGCGGCGGCGGCGCCAUCUUUUCGUCCUGGGGAGACGCCGGCACCUUCCAUCCGGUAGUGGCGGCGGCGGCGGCGGCGAGGGAUUCGACCUGUUAAGGGGCGGCGAGGGGGCGGCCGUGGAUGCUGCGAGCGGGCGGCGGUGGAGGGCGACGAGCGGGAGAUGA